UCUUCUGGCUGCCUGGGCCGGCAUGGGGUUAGCUUUCUUUGCAGGAACACUUCGAAACUAAGUAAGUAAUUAGUUAGUUACUUGUACGUGUAGUAACACUAACAGCUGUUCCGAAAGUCGACAAUAUCGCUGGGCUUGCUUGCCCUCUACAGUGCUCAGCGUGUUUAUCCUCGCUUUUAGAUGGGAAUGUUGCUGAAGACAGCUGUAGUACUGCUGCCCUGGCUGGCUAUCAUGUGCCUAAGUUCCUGCACGGCCAAACCACUGUCAGAGAAGUACAACGAAGUCGAAGAUAUCCUUUCUGGACUGAGCGAAGAGCACGUAAAGAUCCUGAAGGACCUGACUGUCGAUUACGAAGAACGGUACGGUCACCGGCAACCCAGACAUGGUGGGGAAUGUAACAUCACUGAGACCUUCAUAACUGAGAAUUGCGGACUGGAUUGCAGAUGUGUUGAAGGAAGAAUGAAGUGCUGUCGCGUACGCAAGAGUUUCGAUUCCAUGGCUAAGGCCGACAUUGAGCGCUAUAGCAAUGCCUUCCUGAAAGCGUGGCACGACCCUCUCUACAAGGAAGCCUUUAGAACAUUGACAUGGCUUCAUCCUGUCAUGGGUUGCAAUAUGGUUAUACGUCCUGUGCGUGCGGACUUGCACCAUGCACUCAUGGCAUUCCAUCGAAUGACGUUGCUGGCGUUUGAGAAUCUCCUCCGCCUUGUUGACUGCAAAGUCACGAUACCAUACUGGGAUAUUGGACGCGAUGAAGGCAUUCCAUUCCUACAGCAGCGAAUGUUCACUAUUGGAACCUUUGGCGGAAACGGCGUACCACCUUCGAAAUGUGUUCAGGGACCACCGUAUGGCGAGGGUUUUUAUCAGCCACCUAAGUUCCUCUACAAAGGACGGUCGCUCCCUUACCCAAAUUGUCUCGAAAGACAAGUCGGAUUCUACCCCAUAAGCCCAUGGCAUACUACUGCUCCAUACCCUUGGCAGCUUAUUGAGGUCAUGAUAUCCGCUAUUAAUGCCAAUACAUCCGUACUAGCUGAAGACGGUAUCAUCGAAGUUCUCGAUGGUGCCAUCCAUGUUUCGAUGGGUGGAUCUUUUGCAAACGUCUUUGCUCAAGUCGACCCAAUCUUCUAUUUGAUUCAUGCAUACAAUGACAAGCUCAUGGCUGCCUUUCAAGCAAAAGGCAUGAGAUACAAGACAGGAGAUGGGCUAUGGAAUACCACAGAACGCCUAUCAGUAUUCAAUUGGCUGAGGAUGAAUGACUUCCUGGACAUCAUGGACUUGCCAGGUGGUGUAUGUACUCGAUACGGCGCAUCACGACCCAGGGAAGAGGCCAUCAGGAUGAAGAACUACCUGGCUCUGGAGCUGCCAAGGGAUGACCAUCUGUAUGUACCGUACGAAGUCCUACGGGAAAUGGAUGUGAACUCAGUCUUCGGAAAAUAUGCUCCCUAUCUUUCCAAGUUUUUGAAGAGAAGUUACAAAUCAUUUCGCUGGACGGAGAAAGGUUUUCAUCUGGACAAAGACUGGAGGAAGGAUUUCCACACUGUUAAUUUCUUUUCCUUGAAAGAAGAUGAUGCUGUAGAGAAGUGCAACCUGUACGCUAGAGAAGCAGCCGAUUUCAGGAACUACACUGGCUCUGCUGCUAGCAAAAUGCUGAUUGGCUAAACAGGGAAGAAUUAUAAUAUGACAAGCCUCGACAACUCAACACCUCUUUCAAGAGUCUACAUUGUUAAAUGAGUGGAUGCCGGCCCUUUAGGUCAUUUUGCUAUCCACACUUUGUCAGUGGAAUAUUGCAACUUUUACUAUUGAAUUAUUCAAUAAGCCAAUGUUCCAUUUGUUUCCACUCGACCCCCCCCCCCCCCCCGUCUUGUCGAUAUUUGCAUUUCAGUUGCUGUUGUGCAGAGUCACUGAGUCACUGAGUGUUAUUUAGAGUAGGCUGUUCUUCUCCUGCUAUUUGCCUAGCGAAGAUUUCUGCCAGAAUUAUUAGCAUCUCUGCACAACAAUUCUUCAAUAUUUUGGGUUUUUGAUUGCCUUACUUCUUCCCCUUUUGGCAUUUCUAUGUUUAGGAGAUAUAGGAUUGGUGGAAUUGUGACAAACGCAAUGUUCUUUC